AUGGCGCCGGAGCACGAUCUCGGCCCACGCCUGAAGGUUCAAGCUUCGAGACGAUACGGGGUCUCCCGCGGCCGCCUCUGCCUCGACAGCCCUGCCUCGCAAGUUGGCCGUGACCUUCCCCGCGUCGACCAUGGUCUCUUCAACCAGCCUUGGUCCCCCAACGCCAAAUGGGAACAGGGUCGGGAACGUCCUGGCAAAGAAGGACGCCUCAAAGGAAUCGGUAAACUCACCCCCCCGCGAAACCCGGAUGGACCCGACCCACGCUCUCGGGCCCGCACGGCCGUCGUCGGCACCUUCACCAACAGCGUCACAGGCAAACUGCAGCUUCUCCACGUCCGCGACGUCUGGCGGUCCGUCGAGCGCGAACAUGCCAGAAGACGUCACCUCGUUGAUCGCUGGAACGUUCUGGUCGGGGCAGGCGUCACUUCCAUCGCGAACCGCGCCUUCUCCGUUGGGCCCGUGACCUUCACCCUGGCCGCCGGCUUCUUGUCCUUGGUUGAGCAGGGCGAAGAGCUCCUCGAUCUCCACCGGCCCUCCUCGUCCAUGGCGCGUUCCGUGGGCGGCACAACGUGCGCCGUCCGCGCUUUCUCCACCCAGACGGCUCGUUCCGCUCCAUACGAUCGCACACCGACGACGGUACCCCGUGUAUCGAGUCUCCCAGCUCUCCAUCUCCGCCGCGUCGAUCUCGAUCUCGGCGUAGUGGGGUUGUUCCGCUUCAGCCAGACAAGGGCCCUCUCGACCACCCGCCGCCUCACCGACAAGAGACUCGACAGGUCGCUCGGUGCCGGCUUCUCCGCGCCCUGCCACGAGAUGUGGAUCUCGUCCAGUGCUUGCAAAGGGGUGCGGGAGCACUUUGGUGGCCAGCUCCUGCACAUUGUUCGGAAACACCGUGAUGUGGCCCUGACAUGCCUCGGAUACUUCACGCUCUGCCUCUGCCCGCCCGGAAUGCUAUAUCUCGUGACAAACCCGUAA